AGCUCAUCAAUUUUCUUUACUCACAAACAAUUAUCUUAUUAGUUAAUAAGUAAGUCAUGUUAAGUCUGAAACUAAAAGAGGUAAUGCAAUAAACAAUCAAUAAUAUAUAAACCUAUUUUCGUGUCAUAUUCUUUCAUUCUCAAUCUUUGAUGGUUCUAUUGCGACUUGUAAUAGAUAGUAUAUUAUUAAUUCAAAAUUUAUUUUAUUUCUAAUAUUGAGCUACUCUUAUUGUUUAUUAAUGAUGCCAUAUUUAUUUGUAGAAAGGAUUUGAUUUACAAGGCAAAUCAAGUAACAUUAACAUGUCUUCAAUUAAUCAAUGCCGAACGUCAAAAUGAAAUGAUUAAUAUUCGAUUUAUUCGUGCAGUUGUAGAAAGUUAUAUAACUUGUACAAAUUUUAUUAAUAAUAAUGUAUUAACAGAAGUUACUGAUAAUGCAAGAAAAUCAGCUGAAUUAUUUGCUCGAUAUUGUGAUAUAGUUUUACGAAAAGGGUUUGUUUAG